AUGGGGCGCAAUCGAGUUCUCUCCUUCAUGUCCCAGUUUUCGGCUGGCAACAAGACUCCGUCCCCGUCUCCGUCACCACCCCACGAUCCCUCAGGAGUCAACUUCAAGCCCGCGGGCAACGCAACGCACUCGCCCUUUACCGACGCCUCCGUUCGCCGUCCCGUCACGCCCCCCUCGCAAUCCGAUUAUGGCACGCCGCUGAACGGCUCCCCGCGAAACAGCAACAGCACCAACAACAGCCCGCCGCAGUACACCCGUCAGCGCACAUCCUCGCGGCCCCUGUCCAUGGUCCAGGCCUACCAGCCGCCCCUCAUGGACAUCAAUGAGGACACGAUCCCGGAGCUGCAGCCCAUCUUCUCGUUUCUCAACAGCCAUUCCAACAAGCUGUAUCAGGAGGGCUAUUUCCUCAAACUCGACGACCAGAACACACAGGGCAAGCCCAACUCUGACCGGACAUGGACCGAAUGCUUUGCCCAGCUCGUCGGCACUGUCCUGUCCCUGUGGGAUGCAGCUGAGCUCGAUGCUGCCGGCGAAGAUGGCGAAGUCCUGCCCAAAUUUAUCAAUUUGACAGAUGCCUCCAUCAAGAUGAUCGAGUCGCUGCCCACACGCUCCAACGAUGAGCAGCCUUUGCAGAACAUCCUGAGCAUUUCCACGGCCGGCCGGAAUCGCUACCUCCUGCACUUCAACUCCCACCACUCGCUCAUUCAAUGGACCGCGGGCAUUCGCCUCGCCAUGUACGAGCACUCUACCCUGCAGGAGGCCUACACCGGCGCGCUCAUCGCCGGCAAGGGUAAGACCCUCAACAACAUCAACGUUGUCAUGGAGCGUGCUCGCUUCAAGACGGAGGAAUGGGUCCGUGUCCGGUUCGGCGCGGGUGUCCCGUGGAGGCGAUGCUGGUGUGUCAUUUCCCCACCGGACGAGAAGGAGUAUGCCAAGCUGCAGAAGGAGCUCAAGAAGAGGUCGCCCUACGACCGGUCUCCCGUUCCCGUUCUCAAGGGAGAUAUAAAGUUCUACGACACUCGCAAGGACGGCAAGAAGCAGAAGAAGGCCCAACCUAUCGCCACCAUCACCGAUGCCUACUCGGCCUAUGCCAUAUAUCCGCAGGCAAAGUCGCUCAUUGACGCAUCGACGCUUUUGAAGAUUGAAGGCAACGUCACCGUUCAUUCAAAUCCGCCGUCGGCGACCGAGGGCUUCAUUUUUGUCAUGCCGGAGACGCACCCCAUGGUCAGUGGCUUUGAGAUGCUGCUGCGGUUCCUCUUCCCAACCUGGGAUACCUUUGGCUUGUACGGUCGGCCUGGCAGGCUUGUCGCCAGCGUAUUGGACAACAGGUCUCUCAUGUUUGCGAUGCCCAAGCACAAGAGAUAUGGCUAUCUCGAGAUCUUGGACGUAUCAACGCUCAUUCUCGAGGACGGUACAUCGUCAUGGACCGAAAGAGAUUGGCGCAAAAAACUCAAAGAAGCCACAGGCACCCGCAUGAAUGCUAUUGAAGACGGUACCAGGUCGCCGCACUCUCGCACCGGCAGCCGCUCAAGCAACAGGCUGAGCUUUGGCAACAGCGCUCCUGGUGGUAAGCCAAAGGUCGGCUUUGCCGAGGAUCGUGGCUCUGUGCGGUCCUCCAGGUCAUUUUCUCUCAAUGGCGGUUCGAGAAACGAGCCGGCGGCCGCAGACCUGAACCGCUUCCAGCCUCCCAUGGCCGGAGUCCAGGCUCACCAUUUGCGCAAUGCGUCGGAUCCUAAUCUCCGCAACGACUACGGGAGCCCCAUGCCCCCCUUGCACGCGUCACCUCCGGCACAGCAUAUGCCCAUUAGAAGCGGCCCGCCGGACCGGAUGGCUUAUGGAGAACCGCUUAGCUCAGACGACGAACCAGGCAGCUCGCCCAGGCCAGAGAUGGGUGAACUCGAAGGCAUGCGGAGCAUGCAAACGCCCGAGCCCGUGUCCCGACCACCAGCCUUCAACCACGGAUCUCAGGCGCGGCCGACAAGCAAGGCCUACCACUCGCCUGAACUUCGGCGUGCCAACAGUCGUCUGUCUAGCACAACAUUGGCUCAGCUAGCGAAAGCCGGCGGGAUAGCCCAUGCUGGUGACAUGCCCCCCCGGAGGGGCGGUGACGACGGUGUGUUAUCCGGCCCUUCGGUACAGCCACACGUCAAUCCUGUAGGAGUGUCUGCUAACGAGUAUCGCUCCUAUGCAGCUCUGAGCCCCCCAGGUCAAGAUCGGCCGGAUCGGCCGUCUGGAGGACACCCCCCCGGACCUUACGGGCCUGGCGCCCAGCGUUCUCGGUCACCAAUGCCACAGGGCUCCCCGAGCCUGUACCCCAAUGACCCGAAUUCUCCGGCCAGGCCGCAUACGUCAGACGGCCGCGGCCCACGCCCAUCUCCUACGCAGCAGCCUGGGUUUAGGCCGGACCAAUAUCGCGGUCCGCCAGGCGGGCCAAUGCCGCCACAGGGUCGAGGGAGGCCGUCUAACCAACGGUCUCCCCAGCAAGACCCAUACGGGAAUGCUCGACCUUUCCCCGGGCCCCAAGGACGGGGAGGGCCACCUCCGAACCAGGGCCAGCCUCAUCGCAAGCCCCUCCCCGCGGGGACGCACCAAAGUUUAACCCCUAAUGACAUCAUUGAGCAUUACGUCUCCGAUGCUUUUCGAGGUCCACCCACUCAGCGGCGGCCCGUGCCGCCACCACAACAAGGCUGGGGCCCUGAAUAUCCGAGCGAUGGACGGCCAUCCACAGAGCGUCCUAGGGCAGGCGUCAUGAAGACGGUUGGCGGAGCAGAGUCGCCGAUCCAACAGCCGGGGUUUGACAUUCCAGAGGUAAAUUUUGGCCCGACCAUUAACUAUGGAGCUACCCCUACGCCUCGUCAGGCGGCUCCUGGGCCUGCUGAACCCGGCAUCCAUGAUCAAGCGAGAAGACCAUAUAAUCCAGAGCAAGGAUCGCACUUUGCCGGACGUCAGUCCCCUGGACCGCAGCUUCAUCACGCGAGACAGGAUUCGGAGGAGAGGGCGAAGCGAACUUUGGCGUGGCAGCCGGGCGGCUCGUACGCCGGAUCAGGGAAACAAGGGCUGACACCAGAACAGUAUGUACAACACCGGUCAGGGGCGUCUCCUCCGCACUAUACCCACGGUGGAGGCCUCAUGGCAGGCGCAGGCGCGCAAGGCAUGGGCCCGAGGACGCCUAGUCCCCAGCCGCCGCACCGAGGAGGCGCGCCGCAGCCGCCGCAGCACGGUGGCUCCAUGAGUCCGCCGGGCGGCUCUGGGGGUAGCUACUCGCGUCCGCCUGGCGCGGGUGCGCAGCCGCCGCCGCAGGGACAGUAUGGCCCCGGCCCAGGCGCGGGACAGAACUCGCGGAAUGCGCCACCGCAGUACCAGGGCCAGGCCUUUUAG